AUGAAUAUCGAGUCCCGACUUCAGGAUUGCAUCUCACUUCCACAACAAAAAGAGAAACUUGAUGCUUUUCGCAGUAUCUCAAAUGAAAUUCUUUCAAGUCCUGAUCAGGCUCAACUACUUCAAGAUUAUAUUGAAGCUGUUUUGGACGAACAAGUUGGUUUGGUCAUUUCAAGGCAACUUUUAUCCGAAUUUAUUGGAUUGUUUAACGACAAGAUUACCGAUCAUAACGUAAAGAAGCAGUUGUUAUUAUAUGCUAUUGAACGCGCUCAACCUCGUGCUGUUAGCUUUGAGGAAUCUCUCUCUCAAUUAAGAGAAAAACUUGCUAGUGUAUACGAAGAAGAAGAAGAUUACCUGAAAGCUGCAAAAACAUUGCAAGGUAUUCCACUUGAUUCAGGCCAUCGUGCUAUUUCUGACGAUUACAAACUACAAGUGUAUGUUCGUAUUGUGAGAUUGCUUUUAGAAGAAGACGAAGCGGCUCAAGCUGAAUCUUAUCUAAACCGGGCAUCCUUAUUAAUGACCCCAGAAACGGAUACAUUGUUAACUUUGACUUUCAAAUUAUCGCAAGCUCGUAUUUUGGAUUCCAAACGCAAAUUUCUGGAAGCUUGUUCAAAAUAUCACGAAUUGAGUUAUGUCAGCCAAGUCGAGGAGGAUGAAAGGAUUCUUUGCUUGUAA